AGUUCGCCGUCGAACGUGAGCGUGGUCGCGGCGUUGUGGCGCAGAGCAGCACAAUAGUGCCGAGUCGAACCGCGCGCGAACGCCUUGCCCGCCGCCCCGCCCGCACCGCCCGCCGCGAGUGACACCGGCCAACACAUUAAAGUGGAUAACCUCCUCGUCCGGACCGGGACUCGCAGCUUCCGCGCCCAGGGCUGAACCAACUUUGCGUUCGACAUGUCACGCUGAGGCCUCCGCUCACAACACCCCGACACGAUGGCGACCUUGCCGACGAGCGCCGUGGCGCCGGACAUCGCCAUCAGCAUCCGCAACGCGUACAAGGAGUACGGCGGAGGAUGGGGGCUCAACGGCAAGCAGGCGCCCGUCAAGAUCCUCAAGGGGCUCAACAUGACGGUGGCCAGCGGGACCAUCUACGGCCUGCUGGGCUCCAGCGGCUGCGGCAAGUCCACCAUCCUCAAGGCCAUCGUCGGCCAGCACCGCUUCACGUCGGGGGACCUGCGCGUCCUCGGCAGCGUGCCGGGCUCGGACGGCGCCGAGAUCCCCGGCCCCGCCAUCGGCUACAUGCCACAGGUGAGAGGGGGCAGGUGAC